AUGAUUUUCCCCAGCAUCAUCUUGCUACUGUCGAUCCACCAUGUGCUUGCACAGUACAUGAGCGAUGAUCUCAUGUCCUUUGUGACACUGCCAGAUAUCAGGGCAUUGAAGUUCGACGUGCGCCACCAUAAUCGGGACCGCCUGAGUCCUGGGUAUUGGUUUGUUGCCCCGUAUCUGCAUAUUGGCCCCGAUAAGCCGGCGAGCAUAUACGAGCAAUAUCAGAUCGGGCCGUAUAUCUAUGAUGGGGAGGGACGACUGAUCUGGGCCGGCUCGCCUCUGUUCGACAACCGCAACGUCUUCGAUUUUCGAGUCGUGAACAGCCUCGGGGAUCAGCCACAUCUAUCUCUCGUCUUGCAACAUUCAUGGGAUUUGAAAGAUUCCGGGAGCGGAGUAAUUCUAUCCAAUGAUUAUGAAGUCAAACGCAAGCUACCAUUAAGAAGUGACCUGGGCGCAUUCGAUAUCCACGAGUUCAAGGUCCGCGACGACGGAAAGACGGCUCUCGUUACACUCUACCCCACGCAUGAAAUUACCCUGGAGGAUUUCGGCCGCCCCGAAAAUAAAACAGCGCUGUUAAGUGGCGGAUUCGCAGAACUCGACUUGUCUACGGCACAGGUCAUUCACGAAUGGGAUUCCUUCAACCAUAUCCCCCUCCCGGAGACUGUGCACUACGGAGUGAACUCACCGGUCGAGGGGCCUCCGGGCUGGGAUUACGUGCACAUCAACUCCGUUGACAAGAACGACGAGGGCGACUAUAUGAUCUCGACCCGGUUCACCAACACCAUAUAUCUGAUUUCGGGUAAGGACGGACAUAUCGUCUGGCGGCUGGGCGGGCGAAAGAGUGAUUUUGUACAGGAUUUCAAGUUCUCCAAGCAGCACGAUGCCAAAUUCAUUGAGUCCAACGGCACCCGCCAUGUUAUUUCGUUCUUGAAUAAUGCCUCGGACGAGGAGUUCAGCGAAGAGACCGUCUCAGCGGCUAUGAUUGUCGAGCUCGACACCGGUGUCACGCCCAUGACAGCACGGGUGAUCCGACGCUACAAUCGUCCAGACAACGGCUUGUCCAGGCUUCGGGGCAAUACUCAACUCCUGCCCAACGACAACGUCUUCGUGUGCUGGAGCCAGGGCGGGUAUAUCUCUGAGUUCUCACCAGAAGGCAAGCACCUCUUCAGCGCGCGAUUCACUUUGCCACGCUUCUCCACGUACCGGGCCUACAAGUUCGAAUUCACCGGCCGCCCGCGAGCCCCGCCAGACAUAGUGGCUUCAGUAACCGGCACUGACGCGUCGAAUCUAGUCACGACGUUCUGGAUCAGUUGGAACGGCGCGACAGACGUGGCCUGGUGGCACAUCUACGCCCAAGCAUCGGAAUUCGACAACCCCGUGCUAAUCGGCAAAACACCCAGAACGGAUUUCGAGAUCAUGUACAUCGCCAGCGGGUAUCUGGACUGGGUGUCCGCGGAGGCAGUUGACAGCAGGGGGCAUAUCUUGGGCACCUCGAAAGUCCACCGCAGCAAAUACCCCGACUGGAAGUCGGUCGGGUACAACAAGGGACAGUCUGGGUGGCCGACGCCGCAGAACCCUGCGACACUCUACCCGGUCACUUCCACUUGGAAUGGAAGUGCCACUGACAAGGACAAUGUCUCCCACGGCCCUCUUGUGCCGUCCCCGGCAGCGGCGGAGGCUCAGUCGCUCAAGGCUAUCCAGGUCUUGUCGAGUACAUCGCAUGCUGUCCGCGGCAUUGGUGGAUUUUUUGCUUUUGCUUUGUUGGUGUGUCUGGUUUCUGGCCUUGUGGUGGGGUUUAUGGUGAUGCGUGGGUGGCGUGUCCAGCUCUAUCAGCGUCCGUCGAUGGAGUGUCUUCCCGAGGAACAGGCUCGGCUUCGGUUUGACCCGCUUGGGUGA